CGUUUAUCCCAGGACGAGCUAAAUGCGCAGAUCAAUAUCAUCGAUUCUCUACCCCAUGAUAAGAUACCGCUCCUUCAUCAGGGUAGUUCUAUAGAGAAAGCCUCAAUAAAACCCACAGAUCUAGCUGCACCACUCACGGAAUCUUCAAGUUCGCUUUCACAUGCGGGUCCAAGAUUUGACUAAACCGCUUGAGUUCGAGCAAUUAAACAGCGCACUCUCACACGCUACCUCUGAGAUUCAUACUCUCCGCGAACGCUAUGAAAAACUCCGUGCAUCGGUCAUGGAAAGGCUUUCUCCGCUGAACAGCUUACAAACAGGAAAACCUUCUGCUCAACCAUCCGGUUUUGGUUCCGGUCACUCGGAGGAAAUUUCAAACCUUUCUGAAUAUGAGGCAAAAGAUAUCCUCUCCGGUCUGAUUACAUCACUACGACUGUCCCCUCGUUCUGUCAAAAACCUAGUUUCUAAGUUCUUGGAAGGUCCGGCCUAUCCACAUCCCAGUAGUGUCGACGACAUUAGAUCUUCUAUGGAAUUCCUAGCCCGUAUCGAUGAGCUUGUAUGGAAACGGUCUGUGCCUGCGAAUGGCAACGGUCCGGAUCCACUGUAUUCGAGGGCGAAUACGGAUGCCCUCAUCCAGCGGCUAAUUCUGUGGGAGAAAAUUAUCAGAGCCUAUCAUAAAGGCUAGAGUUGCAGCUCAUAAUGGCGUCCCGCACAAGAACCGAGUCGUCCUUCCGUUUUGAUGGUUAGUUGCGUUACCGUAACAGCUGAAGCCUUCUUCACACAACUUUCACGGACCGACUUCUCGCACUUCUCGGCAUUUUUCAGACUCUGUCAGGGCGAUGCACUAGUUAACUCUUCUCCCGCGAUACAUCGUUCCUGUUUGGCUCAACUCGAAUAAUCCACUUGUCCUAUUUUUGGAGAAUCUGAAUCGGUACUCACCGUUUUCGUGUUUAAAACUC